AUGGAUUUAGCAGACGAUGAAAUUGAAGAAGAAUUAGUGUAUAUUAAAUUUGAUUCAUUGUUUGACAAAGAAUUAUUCAACCCAAGUGUCAAUUUCAAAUUAAUUGGGCUGGAUGAGGAUGAACCGAUUGUGCAACUGGGAGCCCAGGUUUUCACUGGCAAAUGGGAAACAGCUGCUGGCACCUGCACAUUUUUUGAAGAAGAUCCAGACUACAAAUCUGAUGACCCCAUAUUCAAUCCACCUUCAAAAACAAAUGUCAAAUAUGCCACCUCAACUCGUAAAGUUCUACGCAUGCACAGAACUGUACUGAAGAAAAAAACUGAUGAGGUAACUGACUCUCAUCCAAGUAAAGAAGUUGCUGAGGCUGCAGACUCGUCAGAAAUAAAAGAAAAAGAUAUUGAAGAGUUACAUGAAAUUGGGGGUUCAUCUGAAGCAGAUCAAGACUUAUCAUUUGAAGAUAUUGAAAAGUUAGCUUUGGACCAAACAGAAGUCGAUCCUGUAAUCUUAGAUGAAAUCUUAGGAAAAUAG